AUGUCGGCCCGCCAGAUCUUUCUACUCGUCGUCAUGGUGGCUUGCCUAAUCCCACAAGUUGAAGCAGUUCGAGGUGCCCUGAUCCGCGAAGGCCGAUCUGCCCCCGGCUAUGUAUCCCAGGACUUCCUACGUUUUGGCCGCUCGGCCGCCGUGGACGCCGACACCCGCACGAACUUCUACCGUCAGGGCUGGAGAUAUGUCCGCCCCAAUAUCUUCUUCCCCGAUACGGAGUGGUCAUAC